CGCGUGGACGUCUGCGCCCCCGUGAAACGCUCUGGUGCACGUGUACGUGCACUAAUACCUACAUUCUGCCGCUCUAGCAGCCGCCACCACCACCGCCUCCGCCGCCGCCACCGCCGCCGCUAUUAUAUGUACGAUUCGAAUUUAGCCGGAGUGAGCCCUCCUCACCAACCUUCAGCAGCCCCCGGCGCCGCCAUGUACCUGAGCGGCCCCUGUAGCCACUUGGCCCAGCCGUUGAAGAACCCCGUUGCUCCGCCAGAGUCGGGAGAGUCGAUCCACGACGCCACCUGCGAUGGGGAUGGGGAUGAGGAGAAGGGGAAAGGGGAGGGGAAUGGGAGGGAGGGGAUGGGCAAGGAGAAGAAGAAAGAUGAAAAGGAGAAAGGUAAGGGGAAGCGGAAGCGGAAGGAGGAUGAGAUAGGGAUGGAGCAGGGGAAGAACGAGAAUAAAGAAGAAGAAGAAAAGGUGAACAAGGGUAAUGCAGGAGGAAUUCUAACUAACAAAACUUUCUCAGAGCUCUACAUAUCCGAGUUCACUGCCAAGGCCAUCACAGAGAUGAACUACACCCACCUUACCGAGAUUCAAGCUAGAUCAAUACCGCAUCUUAUGCUAGGAAGUGAUGUGCUGGGAUCAGCCAAAACUGGCUCAGGGAAGACCCUUGCCUUCCUUAUACCGGCGAUCGAACUGCUGCACAAAGCAUGCUUCACGCCAAGGAACGGAACUGGAGUUAUUGUAGUUUGCCCAACAAGGGAGCUUGCUAUCCAGACACACAAUGUUGCCAAGGAAUUAAUGAAGUAUCACUCACAAACUAUUGGAUAUGUUAUUGGUGGCACUAACAUAAGAAAUGAGGCCAACCAAAUUGUGAAAGGGAUCAAUCUGUUAGUUGCUACACCAGGCAGACUUUUGGACCAUCUGCGAAGUACCAGUGGUUUCCACUAUAAAAGGCUACAGUGCCUCAUAAUUGAUGAAGCUGAUCGCAUACUUGAGCAAAAUUUUGAGGAGGAUAUGAAACAAAUAUUUAAACGACUCCCUUCGGAUAGGCAAACUGUUCUUUUUUCUGCCCCGCAGACUCAAAAGGUUGUAGAUUUUGCGAAUUUUACAUUUGGACAGAAUGAAGAAAGACAAAGGAAACUUGUUUAUGUUGGAGUUGAUGAUUCUAAAUUGAAGCCUACAGUUGAGGGCUUGCAGCAGGGUUAUUGUGUCAUUCCAAGUGAGAAAAGAUUUCUGGUUCUGUAUGCUUUCCUAAGAAGGAUGCAGCUUAGGGAGCAGGGUGUGAAGAUCAUGGUGUUCUUUUCGUCAUGUAGCUCAGUCAAGUUCCAUGCAGAACUUCUAAAUUUCUUUGGGAUAGAGUGUUAUGAUAUUCAUGGGCAGCUGAAGCAACAGAAGCGAACUAGUACAUUCUUCCGAUUUUUGAAGGAGAAAAGGGGCAUCUUAUUAUGCACAAACGUGGCAGCACGUGGACUUGAUAUUCCUGAUGUGGACUAUAUUGUGCAAUAUGAUCCUCCAGAUGACCCAAAGGAUUACAUCCACAGGGUUGGUCGUACUGCCCGAGGUGAUGAAGGCAAAGGAAGUGCAUUAUUGUUCUUACUACCGGAAGAAUUGAAGUUGCUUAUUUAUCUGCAGGCGGCCAAUAUUUCUCUGACUCAAUAUGUGUUCAGUGAGAAGCAUGUGCCUAAAUCGCAAUCGCAACUUGAGAACAUUGUUGGUGGGAAUUACUUUCUAAAUCAGUCAGCAAAGGAAGCCUAUAGGUCCUACCUUUUGGCAUACAACUCACAUUCUAUGAAAGACAUUUUUGACGUCCAUCAACUUGAUCUCACGAAAGUUGCGGCAUCAUUCUGUUUUAAGAACCCUCCUAAAGUCAAUCUGGACCUGGAGAGCGGUGCAUCUAAACACCGAAAGAUGAGGAAAGUUGACAGUGGAAAGAAGCAUGGGAUUGGCCCGUCAAACCCUUAUGGAAGGAGAGCCCGAUCCGAUUCCAGGCAGGUUGCAAGAUUUUAGAAAGGAUAUCAGGAUCGUAGUCAUCCUAUAUCGUAUAUGAUAAGCCAGAUUUUAAAUUAUGUCUAUUAAAGACCUAGUAUAAUAGUGCCUUAGAGAAAAAAUGACAUUAAGAUGAAGUAUACAUUUAUGGUGAUACAAUGCUACAUGCACAUAUAGUUGCCAUGUAUCUGUGUUUAGUAACCUAGUAGUUACUACUAUUUAAGGUAAUAAACAGAGGACAGCGGAUUAUUGGAUCUUAAGUUCCAAUUGUAGAUUUUUAAACAUAGUAAUAAUUUCCAUAUGUCAAUAAUAACAUCAUAAACUAUAUGUUUAUAAUA